AUGCAGGACAUGAAUCCGAAACCGCUUCCUAGUCUCCGGCCAACCAACAAGGCAAGUAGACUCCUAAAUUUAAUGGGGAUCGAUCCAGUAACAGCAAAUCAGCUUCCAAGGAAAAUGCGUGACGUCCCGCACCCGCCCAAGGGCUACUCAGCCUACUCAGCCUACUACUUCCACGGUUUGAAGAAGCGCAUCAUUUCCAAUGCACACGCCUAUUACGCGCAACGCUUUCCCAAAUCCAAACGCCUCGACUUCAUCAUCUCCUCUACUACACCAACCGGCCGUUUAGAUGGUGUGGAGUACCAAGGCGCGCUGAUAGUCUAUCAUCAUCCCAAGUCGCCUAACUGGAAGAUGCUGUAUAAGAGUAAUAAAUUUCCUAUCGCAGAAGAAGCUGCGUUUGAGGUCAAGUAUUGGCUUGAGGAAUACAGGAGCGCUCAACGGCGGACGGGAAAGUUCAAGCUGGAGCGCCGAAGAAGAAGAAAGAAGAAGAAGAAGAAGAAGAAGAAGAAGAAGAAGAAGAAGAAGAAGAAGAAGAAGAAGAAGAAGAAGAAGAAGAAGAAGAAGACUAGUAAAGCUGACAAGAAUAUGGAAGACGUGCAUGUUACGAGAGGCAACUAUAAGUCACCAAACGCUGUUGUUGGUGAUAGCGACGGCACUGGCAAAGUCAACAAAGGCAAGGAUAAGGACUUUCCGAAGCAGCCAAAUGUCUCUAUCCUCUCCGACCGGACUAAAGCUGGAGCUGAUAUUUUCAUGCUCGAUCUGAAGCACAAGCGUGUCUUUGUUAGCGAGAAGAAGAAAGAUUCAGCUACCAAGGAAGAGAAGAAGGUGCCUGCUGAGCCUGCCGUCUUUGUUCCGAUCAAGUUGAAGCUUCCUCAGCAUAAGAAGAAGUCUUAA